UUCCUGGUAGACCGUAAAAUGGCGCUUUGUUGUUGCAAGUGUUUCGAGUCCAUUUGAUUGAGAUUAAUACGCUGUUUAAAUAGCCUAACCAAAGGCGCACUGCAUAAUGUAACGUUCAUUAUCGGUUGCAACAGAUUGAACGGCAGGGUUCAUCAAUUUGCGUGCACGUUUGGUUUUGAGAUAGGUUGUGUUUGCUAAACUGGCUCUUAGCAUUAGCUACCUAGCAUCUUACUGAGCUAACGGACUCUGCACGUUUCUCUUUCAAACAGCGACACAGAAAACCACAAAAAUGGGUUAUUUGAAACUCAUAGAAAUAGAGAAUUUUAAGUCGUAUAAAGGAAGACAGAUCAUUGGACCGUUUCAUAAGUUCACUGCAAUCAUCGGACCUAAUGGAUCUGGAAAGUCCAACCUUAUGGAUGCCAUCAGCUUCGUGUUGGCAGAAAAGACAAGUAACUUGCGUGUCAAGACUCUGAAGGAUCUGAUCCAUGGAGCUCCUGUUGGGAAGCCAGCUGCAAACAGAGCCUUUGUCAGUAUGGUGUACCAAGAAGAUAACGGCGAGGAACGCUCCUUCACAAGGGCCAUUAUUGGUUCGUCUUCUGAGUAUCGCAUCAACAGUAAGGUGGUGGGGUUGCCUGAAUACAGUGAGGAGCUGGAAAAACUUGGAAUUCUGAUCAAGGCUAGAAACUUCCUUGUCUUUCAGGGAGCUGUGGAGUCUAUUGCCAUGAAGAACCCCAAAGAGCGUACAGCACUGUUUGAAGAGAUCUCCCGUUCUGGAGAGUUGGCCCAGGAGUAUGAUCGGAGGAAGAAAGAGAUGGUGAAGGCAGAAGAAGACACACAGUUCAACUAUCAUCGCAAGAAAAACAUUGCUGCAGAGCGAAAAGAAGCCAAACAAGAGAAAGAGGAGGCUGAGCGUUACCAGCGUCUCAAGGAUGAAGUAGCCAGGGCCAGCGUACAGUUACAGCUUUUCAAAUUGUACCACAAUGAGACGGAGAUUGAGAAGCUGAACAAAGAGCUAGGCCAGCGGAACAAGGAGAUUGAUAAGGACCGUAAAAAGAUGGACCACGUGGAGGAGGAGCUGAAGGACAAGAAGAAGGAGCUGGGCAGGUUGAUGAGAGAGCAGCAGACCAUUGAAAAAGAAAUCAAAGAGAAGGACUCUGAGUUGAAUCAGAAGAGGCCUCAGUACAUCAAGGCCAAAGAGAACACUUCACACAAGAUCAAGAAACUUGAGGCAGCACGUAAAUCACUGCAGAAUGCCCAGAAGAUGUACAAGAAGCGCAAGGGGGACAUGGAUGAGCUUGAUAAGGAGAUGAGGGCAGUAGAAUUGACUAAGCAAGAGUUUGAGGAAAGAAUGGAAGAGGAAGCGCAGAGCCAGGGCCAGGACCUCACUCUGGAAGAAAAUCAGGUUAAGCAAUACCAUCGUCUUAAGGAGGAGGCUAGUAAGCGUGCUGCCACGCUGGCACAGGAGCUGGAGAAGUUCAACCGUGAUCAGAAGGCUGACCAAGAUCGCCUUGACCUGGAGGAGAGAAAGAAAGUGGAGACGGAGGCCAAAAUUAAGCAAAAGAUUCGUGAAAUUGAGGAAAACCAGAAACGUAUAGAGAAAUUAGAAGAUUAUAUUUCCACCAGCAGACAAUCACUUGAUGAGCAGAAGCGCAUGGAGGAGGAGCUAACGGAGGAGGUGGAGACGGCCAAGAAGAGGAUUGACGAGAUCAACAUGGAGCUAAAUCAGGUCAUGGAACAGCUGGGAGAUGCCAGAAUUGACAGGCAGGAGAACAGUCGCCAGCAGCGCAAGGCAGAGAUCAUGGAGAGUAUUAAAAGACUUUAUCCUGGCUCUGUGUACGGGCGUCUGAUCGACCUGUGCCAGCCCACUCAGAAGAAGUAUCAGAUUGCUGUUACCAAAGUGUUGGGCAAAAACAUGGAUGCCAUCAUUGUUGACUCAGAGAAGACUGGCAGAGACUGUAUUCAAUACAUCAAGGAGCAGAGAGGCGAACCUGAGACCUUUCUUCCUCUCGACUACCUCGAGGUGAAACCAACAGAUGAAAAACUGAGAGAACUGCGAGGAGCCAAGCUGGUGAUUGAUGUGAUUCGCUACGAACCCCCCCACAUCAAGAAAGCUCUCCAGUAUGCUUGUGGCAACGCGCUGGUGUGUGAUAACGUGGAGGAUGCAAGGAGGAUUGCUUUUGGAGGGCCAUACAGACACAAGACGGUUGCCCUGGACGGUACUCUGUUCCAGAAGUCCGGAGUCAUCUCUGGAGGAGCCAGUGACCUUAAAGCCAAGGCCAGACGCUGGGAUGAGAAGGCAGUUGAUAAGCUAAAGGAGAAAAAAGAAAAACUUACUGAAGAGCUUAAGGAGCAAAUGAAAGCGAAGAGGAAGGAGGCCGAGUUGCGUCAGGUGCAGUCCCAGGCCCACGGUCUGCAGAUGAGGCUCAAAUACUCCCAGAGUGAUUUGGAGCAGACAAAAACACGACACCUCUCCCUCAACAUGCAGGAGAAGUCCAAACUAGAAAGCGAACUUGCAAACUUCGGCCCUCGCAUCAAUGACAUCAAGAGGAUCAUCCACUCCCGUGAGCGAGAAAUCACAGACCUCAGGGACCGGAUGAAUCUGGUGGAGGACGAAGUGUUUAUUGAAUUCUGCAAGGAGAUUGGAGUGAGGAACAUCAGAGAAUUCGAGGAAGAGAAAGUGAAGAGGCAGAAUGAGAUUGCGAAGAAACGUCUGGAAUUUGAGACCCAGAAGACCCGUCUGGGCAUACAGGUGGACUAUGAGAAGAACCAGCUGAAGGAGGAUCAAGAAAAAGUCAUGAUGUGGGAGCAGACUGUUAAGAAAGAUGAGGCUGAAAUUGAGCGACUUAAAAAGGAGGAGCACAGACACAUGAAAAUCAUUGACGAGACAAUGGCCCAGCUACAAGACCUGAAGAACCAACACCUAACCAAGAAAUCUGAAGUCAAUGAUAAAAAUCAUGACAUGGAGGAAAUCCGCAAAAAACUGGGAGGCGCCAACAAAGAGUUGACCCAGCUCCAGAAGGAGGUGACUGCCAUCGAGACCAAACUUGAGCAGAAGCGUAGUGACCGCCACAACCUGCUGCAGGCCUGCAAAAUGCAAGAUAUCAGGUUGCCGCUUCGCUCUGGAACCAUGGAUGAUAUCAGCCAGGGAGAGGGUAGCUCACAGGCAGAUGAGUCCAGCAGCCAGAGGACAUCUAGUACUGUUCUGGCCAAAGAAGCGCUCAUUGAGAUCGACUACAGCAGCCUGUCUGAAGACCUGAAGGAUGCGUUGUCAGAAGAAGAGAUAAAGGCAGAGACGAAUGGAUUGCAGCAGCGUCUAAAUGAGCAGCAGAGCAUCCUGCAGAGGAUCAGUGCACCCAACAUGAAGGCCAUGGAAAAGCUUGAGAGUGUCAGGGACAAGUUCCAAGAGACCAGUGAUGAGUUUGAAGCUGCCCGUAAGAGAGCCAAAAAGGCCAAGCAAGCAUUUGAGCAAAUCAAGAAGGAGCGGUUUGAUCGUUUUAAUACCUGUUUUGAGUCCGUGGCCACCAAUAUUGAUGAGAUUUACAAGGCGCUCUCACGCAACAGCAGUGCCCAGGCUUUUCUGGGCCCGGAAAACCCAGAGGAACCAUAUCUGGAUGGUAUCAACUACAACUGUGUGGCUCCAGGGAAGAGGUUCCGACCGAUGGAUAACUUGUCUGGAGGAGAAAAGACUGUUGCUGCUCUGGCUCUGCUAUUUGCGAUACACAGCUAUAAACCUGCCCCCUUCUUCGUCCUGGAUGAGAUUGAUGCAGCUCUGGACAACACUAACAUUGGCAAGGUGGCAAAUUACAUCAAAGACCAGUCGGAGCAGAACUUCCAGGCGAUUGUCAUUUCUCUGAAGGAGGAAUUCUACACAAAGGCAGAUUCACUCAUAGGUGUUUACCCAGAGCAAGGAGACUGUGUCAUCAGUAAGGUGCUCACCUUUGACCUCUCACAGUAUCCAGACGCCAACCCAAAUCCAAAUGAAUAAGACCAGCGGUCCCAACACCAGGAUUUUGGAAAAUUUCAUGAACUCCGAGGUCGCAGAUAAAAAUGUAUUGAUAGGUCUCCUUGUUUAUUUCCUUUCUCUUUUUUUGUUUAAUAUAUAUUGUGUUUUUGAAUAUGCUCAAGUAGUGCAAGUGUUUUUUUUCCUCCUUUCUUUUUUUUGUUGCAGGCAGUUUCCUUGUAGUCAGUAACAACCAAGAUCUAUGUACAUUUAAGUUGGUAGCCCUUUAUCAAUUUGGCCAUUAGUGCAUUAUGGAGUAUUAAAUAUAAUGAGGUGAAAAUGUGCGGGAAUCAAAACUUUUUAACAAACUGCUUUUUAUACUGUUUUUGUCCCUCUUUGCGAUUUGUGUGCUUUAAAGCCCUUGUUCCGUCUGUUGUCUAAAAGAUGUAUUUGCAUUUCAUACGUGCUACUUUUGAAAGCAUAAUCAGAAAACUGUUGUUACAGUAUGAUGGAAACAUUCCCUUGUGUGAUAAUUAGAGCUCAAUUACCUGCAGCUGGUGGUGCUCUAAUGAGAUCAUGAAGCUUGAUGCGCACCCAUCUAAAAAAAACCUAUUUCAAAAGAAUCAUGGAGCGCCUUGCUGUAUGAUUAGCGCCAGUAUCUUUCUGUUGCCUGAGAAAUAUUCCGAUUCAGCGAUGCAUAAACAUAAAAGCUCAGCAUGAGUGGACUGUCUUGUCUGGUUUAUUUUGCUGAUCAUUUUUCUUCAAUAAAUGCCAAUGUAAUUA